AAGCCGGUUAACUACCGAACACAAAUGAAUCCCGAUUCCCGACAAACAGAAAAUGUUGGUGUGUAGGUACUUACCUAGGUACAGUAGCAGCGCCGCAGGGUACAUGGGUACAGUGCCCGCGUGCGUGCGUGCGACGGGCGCUAUGAAAGGAGGCCGAGCUUUUGGUUUUAAAAGUAGAGUGGGUUUACGGAGGAUAUUCUCCGUGUUUUGUUUUGUUUCCAUUUAUUUCCCACGGUAUCGAGGAAUCGAAAAGUUUCGAACUUCGAAACAAAAAAUUCGUUUUUUAUGGAGGGAAGGAGGAUUUCGUCCAUGGCGCCCACCACCCGCGAUCACGAGCAGCUGUUCCGUUCCCCGCAACUGAUCCAAGCGCCCAGCGAAUCGCGUGGGUGUGGAAACGCCA